CGCGGAGCGGCCCCGGCGGCGCAAAAUGGCCACGGCUCUGCACAAACCCCUCAAAUGCCUGGGGGAGGAGUUCUACCGCGAGGCUCUGGAGCACUGCCGCAGCUACAACUCCCGGCUCUGCGCCGAGCGCAGCCUCCGCCUGCCCUUCCUGGACGCGCAGACCGGGGUGGCCCAGAGCAACUCCUACAUCUGGAUGGAGAGAGCGCACCGGCGGCCCGGCCUGUCCCCGGGCCAGAUCUACUCGUACCCUGCCCGCUGCUGGCGCAAGAAGCGGCGCCUGAACAUCCUGGAGGCUCCGCGGCUUCGGCCCUACUGCGAGGCGCCGCUGCGGAAGGAGGGGGCGCUGCCCGAGGGGCCGGUGCUGGAGGCGCUGCUCUGCGCAGAGACCCCCGAGCGCAAGGGGGGAGACGGCAGCAAGGACGAGGAGACGGCACUCGAGGGAACGAAGCCGCCUCCUCCCGAGUUCCCGCACGACCCCGACGGGGACGAGCUGGACGAUGACCCCCCCCGGCGCAAGAACAAGGCCAAGGGCAAGGCGUACGGGAUGGUGAUGAAGAGGAGGGUGGACGCUGUCCUGGAGGAGCGGGACAAGCCCUACGUGUGUGACAGUGAGUGGGGCAGAGCUCAGGGGGUCAAGAUUGGGUUCAUAGUGGGGCAAAGUGGUCGAUACUGGGCAGAACGGCUCAUUGUGGAGCAAAAGUUUGGGGAAAAGUUCCUGGAUUUGGGGAGAAAGCAAUACUUGAGCUGCUAUUACACAAAUGUGGCAGCUCCAGAGGAGGUUUAG